CUCUGUUGCCUAAUCCACUGCUUCCGACCAGCACCACCUCCACCUCCACUCCUGAUCCGCGGCCGCGCCCACCGGCGCUUUUCAGCUUCCCCCGCCUGCCAAUGAUCGCCUUUCUUUACCGGUUCCUCCCUUCCUCUUCUCAUCAUCUUUCUUCUUCUUCUCUCUAUUUACUCUCCUGCAAAAUGGGUAGCCGUUGCUCCUCUCUCGCCACCCCCUAGUUUCCUUUCCUCUCCGCUGCCUGAGAUUUCCACCCCAUUUCCCGCUAGCUUUUAGGUUUUCGCAACCAUGGGGCUGGGACCUAGGGUUUGCAAGAGGUGGAUAUGGAAGGUGGGUUUGGUGUUUGCUCUCACUCUCUCCGCCGGUGCCACCACCUUCGCCGACGCUGCUGCUACUAGGGUUCCGAUGUGCCCCGUACCUGCUAUUACAGAUUCGAUCUUUGGGUUUCGAGAUGCCAACUCUGAUUUCGCUAAUUCUCAAUCACUCUCUUCCGCUUGCGUCAACGAGGUGGACGAAGUUCCAUUACAGAAAGCGCUAGACUUGAUAUACAAGGGUGGUCUGGAUUAUGUAGCUGUGCUCUUUUAUGCAGCAUGGUGCCCUUUUUCAAAGGCUUUUAAGCCGAGGUUCCCUGUCUUGGCUUCUCUGUAUCCUUCUAUACCCCAUAUUGCAGUUGAAGAAUCAUCCAUCCGUCCCAGCAUGCUGUCAAAGUAUGGAGUUCACGGCUUCCCUGCUCUGGUGCUUCUGAAUUCUACAGUGCGAUUGAGGUAUCAUGGUUCCCGCACUCUUGGCUCUCUUGUUAAUUUCUACAGUGAUGUAACCGGUAUAACAAUUGCAUUACCUGAUAAAGCAUCUCUAUCAAAGAACUGGCACCCGUCAAACAGUGGAAGGCAUGGCAGCAACGUCCAGGAAAGCUGCCCAUUCUCCUGGGCUAAGUCCCCAGAAAAAUGGUUUAAGCAAGAGACCUAUUUAGCUCUGGCCUCUGCCUUUGUACUCUUCAGACUGCUCUACUUAAUUUUGCCUAGUCUGCUCUCAUUUUCUCAACUUGUUUGGAGGAGGCACCUUCAUUAUCCAAGAUUAGGGAGCAUAUUGGAUCAUCCUCGUGCCUUUCUGAAUGAUGUCGUCCAGGCGUUCAAGUGCCUUGUGGGGCCUUGCAGCAGGAAAACAAACCUGCAAGAGGGAGCCAUGAGUGCUAGAGCAUGGGCGUCAAAGUCGCUUGCCACGGUAUCGAUAGGAGAAGCGAGCACAAGUAGAGCUUCGCAGAUACGGGAAUGCCGAUAAUUAGAAAUGGCUGUGCGCUACAUGGUAGGUGUGCUGGCUAGAGUAUGCCUAAAGAGUAAAGAGCUCGAUUUUGGCUGAAUUGUUCUUUUGCUCCGUCCAAGCUCAAGGUCGGUUAAGAUGCGAUACAAAAGUUAUCUUUUGACAGUGUAGUAAAGGUCAAUCAAUUGCCUAAUUUGUUUAUAUUCAGGCAUAAUACAAUUCGUUGGCCUUUGGCAAAGAACAAUAAUGUGAAUCCAACUUGUGAAUAGACUUUAAAGCUGGUGAUGAUCCCAUGUAGCGGUAACCGGCAACAUUUCUAUUUUGUACAUAGUAACUAUGAUGUUAUGUGCCAGGGACUUAGAUGAUCGAUUCUCGAGGUAAAUGGAUAGUGAAAGAAUCAGUAGAUUUGGAAAUGAAUGGAUUUGAUUCUG